AUGCACGAGACAGACUUCCGCCUUGCCCAAGAUGUUGGUCUACUCCCCAGGACAAUUACCUGGCCAGCCUGGCGCAUCCUCUGCGCCGAGUUCCUCUCUGAGUUUCGCUACUGCGCCAUCAACCCCCGUUAUUGGUACGGCGAGCUGCGACUCCAACGCCUCAACCUCAUCUGGCGCAUCAAAACGAAGUCCCUGUGGCGAGGAUACUCCCAGGUAGACAACCCCUCUGUGUACGCCAGCUUCCUGUCCGACCACUUUGCGUCCCUCGCGACGGCCCUCGCGUUCUUAGCCAUCGUUCUCACAGCAAUGCAAGUGGGCCUGGCGAAGGAGAUUCUAACGGCCAGUGUGGCCUUUCAGAAGGCCAGCUACGUGUUCACCGUGUUCUCCAUCUUGGUACCAGUAGUGGGUGGCGUGGCACUUGCGGGAUUUGUAGAUGUAUGCCAAAAGGAGAUUUGA